UUUAGAUUUAGACCACUUCCUGCUCCGAAAAGCUUACAUUUAUCGCGAUAGAUCCAAUUUCGUACGUGUAGACGACGGCCUUGUCUUGGAAUGAAACACAAUCGCUUUAUCUAUCAAGAGUGAAAUACAUAUUUGUCUGCCACUUUCGGAAAAUAUCAGAUCGAUGGGCUUUCUCUGAAACUGUAGCUAUAAUGGUCCAUGACAGGAGUGAGUAAGCUCAUGAGGAACCGCUGACCAAAGCUGCCAAAAAGCCUCCUUCCGUUUAGGAUGAGAAGAGCACAGGUGCAGCAGCAGCGUUCAGGGCUGUGAGCUCAGUGACUCUCUCUGUGGGCUCAGGAUGGCGCAGGGAGGCCCUCAGUUAGACUAUCACAUCCUGCAGGACCUCAAGCAGCGCUUCCCCGAGAUCCCAGAGGGAGUAGUGUCCCAGUGCCUUCUGCAGAACAACAAUAACCUGGAUAUAUGCUGUCACCUGCUGGCUCAGGAGAGUAACAGAUACCUCUAUGGGGAGUACCAAAGUCCAGAGGAGGCCCGCCUGAGCCGGAACCACAUGCUGCACAUCCAGCUAGGGGGCUACCCCCCCUCGGAGGCGGGCAAGGACAACGGAGGCGGGCGGUCCCUGGUGCACAGCUCCAGUGACGGUUACAUCGAGCCCCAGCGCGUCGGCUUCACGGAGCCCCUCUCGGCCCCCGCCACCAUAGCCCCCUCGCUGGGGUACAACCCCUUCUUCAUGAAUGACCACGGGGGACGCACGGCCAGCACCCCCACUCCGCCUCCCGUGCAGGGAAUGUCCCCUACCUACUCGCCUGUUCCUCGCUACACCAUGAACCCUAUCACUGUCACUCUGUCCCAGAACCUGCCCAACGCCCCCCAGGCCCUGCAGAUCCCCGCCGGUCACUAUGGCAACAGUGGCGGUAAUGCCCUCUACAUCCGGCCCUCCCCCUCCCAGAGCCCGCAGCCCUCCCCCUGGCCCUCGUCCGGGCAGCCUGUGUAUCAGCCCUUGCCCUACACCACUCCCACCUACCAGUCCCCGUAUAGCUCGCCCCAGCACCAACCCCAACAGCAGGUGCAGCCCCAACAGCAGGUGCAGCCCCAACAGCAGGUGCAGCCCCAACAGCAGGUGCAGCCCCAACAGCAGGUGCAGCACCAACAGCAGGUGCAGCACCAACAGCAGGUGCAGCACCAUCCCCAGCACCAAACCCAGCACCAGCAGACCCAUGUCUUCCUGCCCAUCAGCCCUCCCACCUUGGCCAGCAUGCCCUACCACCACCAGCAACAACAGCAGCAGCAGCAGCCCAUCUACCGGCCGUACCUACCCAAGAGCUCCCUGAAGAACCAGAUUGAGAUCACCCUGGAGGGCCCGCGGCCCCGCAGCAACUCCCCCGUGCACUGCCCCCCGGGACAGACUCUCUACAUGGCUACCAGCCCCUCGCCCAGCUCACCCCAGCGGGGCCUCAGCCUGAGCGGGGGGAGCUCUGCCACCUUCCACCCCGGGGUAUACCUGCCCCAGUGCCCCGCGCGGCCCCGGCCCACUUCCUCACCCCAGCCAGGCAGCCAGGCGGGCUACACCUUUAAGAUCAAAGUGUCCCCAGGCCAGGCCCAGCAGCAGAGGCCGCUCUCAGGUUCCCCUCCAGUGGCCGCCUCUCCUGAAUCUCUGCUCAACAUGGUGGACCAGGGGGAGCAUCACGCGCUGGCCCCGGCACCCAUCCUGCCCAUCUCAGCCCUGCCCGGUAACAUCGUCAGCCACAUCGCCAACCGCAUGCCGCGCCGCUCCAGCUCGGGCUCCGACGACUACGCUUACACCCAGGCUCUCCUGCUGCACCAGAGGGCCCGGAUGGAGCGUCUGCUGAAGGAGCUGCUGAUGGAGAGGCAGAAGCUGGAGCAGCUGAAGGCAGACGUCAACGACAUGGAGUACGACGCCCUCCAGAGACGGUUCAGGCGAGUCAACAGCACCAGCCUCAUCCCCCGGCCUGAAGAGAUGACCCGGUUGCGCAGUCUGAACAGACAGCUACAGAUUGAUGUUGACUGUACCCUGAAGGAGACGGAUCUUCUGCAGUCUCUAGGGAAGUUUGAUCCGCAAGCCGAGAACAACUUUUAUAAGAACAUUCAGACCGGUCCGGUGGUACCGCCCAAGCCAGGAAGAAAAGAGGGGGAGCGGAACCCCAAGCCUGCUGUCGCGGGGCCCCAGAGGGACGAGGACUUUGAGGGAGCCCAGUGGAGCUGUGAAGAAUGCACCUUCCUCAACCACCCUGCACUCAACCGCUGUGAACAGUGCGAAAUGCCGCGCUACACCUGAACCGUUCCGGACAGUAGUCCCCCCCCCUCCCCCUCCUUACUUCCUUUUCCUGUAAACUCCUCUGCCCAUGUUCUUGUGUAAUGACCCUCCUUCCCUGUCAAUCUAUAUAUAAGCCCCUCCCACCUGUUGAGGAAGAGCCACCCCUUCACCCCCACU